UGCGCAGUCGGGUGGGAAUGAGUGAGUGAGAUAGAGAAAGAAAGAGAGCGUGUGUAGGCCUCGGAACACCAGGGGAGCGAGCCCGGAGACAGGGGGAGACACAGGGAGAGCGGGCCCAGAGACAAGGGGCGGUGCGGGCCUGGGCAGGCGAGCGGGUUUUGCUGCUUGGACCCGGCCCGGUGUGACACCCCCCCCACUCCGGGUGGGUCUGAGCCGCUCUCCCCGGAUCCGCCAUGUACUGUCUGCAGUGGCUGCUGCCUGUCCUGCUCAUCCCCAAACCCCUGAACCCAGCCCUGUGGUUCAACCACUCCAUGUUCAUGGGCUUCUACCUGCUGAGCUUCCUGCUGGAGAGAAAACCCUGCACCAUCUGCGCUCUGGUCUUCCUGGCCGCCCUCUUUCUCAUCUGCUACAGCUGCUGGGGCAACUGCUUUCUGUAUCACUGCGGCGGAGCCCCGCUCCCUGACUCAGCUCACGACCCCAGCAUUGUGGGCACCUAAUGGAACCCUGCCGGCUCUCGCCAGACAAUCUCCAUCAACUCUGCUGCCGAUGGUCUCCCGCCUCUCGCUUAAGUUAUUUUCCGUCUCCCCCCGUUUCUUCCUCCUCCUCCCUUCAGUCAAGUGGACGCGAUUGACCCCCUGACUCUUUAAAAGUGAGAGGUUCGUUUUUCUCUGCAUUAUUUUGCGUCCAACACCGUUGGUGGAAGUUGUGGUUUCGUCUGCAGUUGGCCGCUUCCAUUGCAAAGGAUAACGUGCUUGCGGAUGUGGAACAAGAGUGCUGCAUGGAUUUAUAUUUGGAGCCUGCGCUGUGUAUGAUUACAGGAACUAAAUUCAGUAUUUCCACUUCCCCCCCCCCCCCCACCAAGCCCUCAGAUGAAGUGGCCUUUUUGCAGUCCCCUGAAUAGUGGAAACCUUUGGUAUCGGCUUUCAAACUUAAGUCGCAAAUAAUGAACCUCUGUAACAGAGACCUACUGUUUAUCACCUGUCUUCUCAAGUUCUUAAGGAUGACUUAGAAAAUACCUUACGGCUAAUAAUGUGUAUGACUUCAUUCAAUUGGGAGGUCUUAGUGUUUGUUGUGGUUGAUUUAGGGCAACAUACCUAUGUACUUUUUGGGUGUUCAUUUGUUUCCUGGUCUUUCUAUGAGAAGGAUGCUAUUUUUGCACAAUUUUGUUAGCUGAAAUAGUAUCGCUUUUGUGUUUAAAAUGCAGGGAUUUUAGUGUAGGAUGUGAUUAAAUAUGCAAAUGUUUCACAGUUUACAUAUCCAGUUUAUUUUUGCACAGUGGGUUUGAGAUUUUACGCCAGUCAUAAGUAUUGAUCAGAUUAUACAAAUAUUGUUAGUAAUACAGGUAUUAAACCUCCUAGCCUAUUGUCUUUUCUUCAUGGCAGUACAAAGCCCAUUAAUUGAUAUGUUAGCUCUUUCAUGAUUAUAGAGAAAGCAAGUACAGGAUAAAAAAUCUUUGCAGAUGUGAUAUUUCCACUUCACUCUUUGAUCAUGUUUGAACCCACUAGUGCACUUCCAUCUGCGUCUGUGAUGUGCAAGCGUGUUGCAUGAUGCAGUCUAUAGCACCAAAUGUUUUUAAAGUGAGCUUCAGAAAAUAAAACGGGUUUACAG